GUAAGACGCGCGAAGUUAGUAAGAAGACGUCAUUGAAUUUAGCUAACCUUUUGCUAAGUGGAAAAUGUUGUGAUAAAUUGUAAAUUUUUUAAAUUGUGUAAAAAUGACAAAAUGUUGUGUUGUGCAAGGAUGCAAAAGCGGUCAUUCAGAUGAUGAGCGGAAACGCAAAGCUAAAGGUUUACGGAAAAGAACACUCUUUCAAGUUCCAAAAUGUCAUAUUCGACGUCAACUGUGGGUAAAUGCUCUUCAACAAGAACUUAAAGACAGUGAUCGUGUCUGUGAACUUCAUUUUUUGGAUGAAUAUAUCGUAAAGGGCAAAUCAGUUUUGAUCAAUGGGGAGUCUAUUUUCAUAGAAAAUGAAAGGUGGCAUUUAACUGAUAACGCGAUUCCUCUUAGAGAAGAAAAAUGUCAAAAUCAGCAAUCGAUGAAUUGCAAUCAGUCUACUGAAGAAGAACAAUCGUGUUCGCUAUCAGAACAACAAAUUUUUGAUCAACAAUUUAUUCAAGAAGAGCAAAUUCUUCUAGUUGACACUGAAAAUUUACAGCCAACAGGACUACUAUUGGAGCAGUCUGUUGAGCCAUCAGUUUCCCAAAUGGAAUGCGAUGAGAUUAUACCAAAUGAAGUGUUGCUAGAGCAAACUGCAUCAUCUUUAUCUGCAGUUUCAUUAGCUUUACCAAAUGAAUUGUCACUAGAGCAAGUAGUAUCAUCGUUUUCGGCAGUUCUACCAGAACGUUGGUGUUACUAUGUACAAUCAUCGGAUAUGAUUUUGAUUCAUCUCGAUGUAGGUAGCUUGUUGGAAAAAUUAAGAUUACGAGUAACAGCUGAUCUUUCUGUUACGCUUGUAAUGCCACAUCGAUCAGAAAUAAUUCUCACUGAUCGUGUAUCAUCUAUGGAAGAAUUGUACGCAUCUAUGCGUAAAGCAGAAUCACUCACAAUUUGUUGCGGAACAUUAUUUGAUGAAAAUAGAUUUGCCACCCAGUGUAGUGGAAUCAUCACACCGAAUGAAAAUUAUCAGCGUCAGCAAUUAAAUCCUCGCUGUCGAGCGUGCCGCAUACUUCGCCAAAGAAUACAAGCAAACAUGAGAUAUAAACGCGAUUCGACACUUGCUUUUCGUAUUAAACGAAAAAAGGAAAUUUACCGACAACGAUGUCAUCGACUUAUUAAGAAGCAAGAGAUAUUGCAGCAAAAAUUAAUGACAGCCAAAAAACGGUGUAGUGAACGUUCUGAAAAAAUUUUAAAAGAGCAACUGACGCAAUUGCCAGAGUUGCAACAGCUUGCUGUUUGGAGUUGUUUUGAAGCUGCUAAACAUAAAAAGGUCAAAGGCCGAAGAUACGAUUUAGAAUGGAUCUAUGAAUGUUUGUCAAUCAGGAUGAAGGGCAGGAAUAUUUAUAAUUUUAUUCGGGAACGUAAUAUUUUACCUCUUCCACACAUCGAGACUCUUAAUAGAUAUAUUCAAAAAAUUAGUUCUUCGGCUUAUGGAUUUCAACCAGCAUUAUUUGACUGCAUGAAACAAAAAGCACAAGGAAUGACACUAUCAGAAAGAAGAGGGACUCUUAUUAUUGAUGAAAUAAAAUUAAGUGAAGCAAUAAAUUUUGAUAUCCAAAAAAUGGAAUUCUCUGGUUUUGUUAAUCUCGGACAAUACACUUCAGAACGUGAAAAAAAUGUUCCAGGGGAUCAUGCAUUAGUUUUUAUGUAUGUUCCUUUUCGUGGACGAUGGUUGCAAGCAGUAGCGGCUUUCAUCUCUAAAAAUUGUGCUACCAGUGCUGUUCUGCAUACAUUAAUUAUUGAGUGUAUAAUUUCAUUAGAAAGUGCUAAUUUCUUUGUGGAUGUCAUUACAAGUGACGGUGCCCAAAGUAAUCGUGGAGUGUGGACCAAGUUUGAUAUUUCAGAGUCCAUAAUAUCUUGUCAGCAUCCUUGUGAUACAAAUAGAUAAUUAUUCAUGAUAUCGGACUUUUCUCAUCUAAUUAAAUGUUUGCGAAACAGUAUUAAAUUGACUAUUAAAAUCUCUAAAUUAAUAACAUAUUAUUUAAUAUUGUAAAAUAAAAAAAUUAUUGUA